CAAGUAGUUGUGGCUUGCAAGGAACUGGUCAGUAGCCUUAGCAAGACCCACCAUCAAGCAACAUUGUUCAGGCCCCCGAAUUCCUGAAGCAAGAAAGAGCAGCAGAGAAACAGAACCACCAUGAACGCCGCAGGCAAAGUCAUUAAAUGCAAAGCAGCUGUUGCUUGGGAGAUUAAGAAACCCCUUGUCAUUGAGCAAAUCGAAGUAGCUCCCCCAAAGGCUCAUGAAGUCCGCAUUAAGAUUUUGGCCUCAGGAAUUUGUCGCACAGAUGACCACGUCCUCAGCGGUGCAUUUACUGUACCUCUUCCAAUGGUUUUGGGUCAUGAAGCAGCAGGAGUUGUGGAGAGUGUUGGAGAGGGAGUAACUUGUGUGAAGCCAGGAGACCACGUUAUCCCUCUCUUUGUCCCACAGUGUGGAAACUGCAACCCUUGCCGAAGUACCAGAGGCAACCUUUGUUCCAAAAAUGACAUUAGUCAUGUUCGUGGAUUGAUGCCUGAUGGCACCAGCAGGUUUACUUGCAAAGGGAAGAACCUUCACCAUUUCAUUAGCACCAGCACCUUCACAGAAUACACAGUGGUGCAUGAGACUGCAGUGGUCAAAAUUGAUGAUGAUGCCCCUCUUGAAAAAGUGUGUCUGAUCGGCUGUGGAUUUUCCACUGGUUAUGGAGCAGCUGUUCAAACAGCCAAGGUGGAACAUGGUUCUACCUGUGCUGUCUUCGGCUUAGGAGGAGUUGGUCUCUCAGCUGUCAUGGGAUGCAAGGCUGCAGGAGCUUCUCGGAUCUUUGCAGUUGACAUCAAUCCAAAAAAAUUUCCUAAAGCUCUGGAGGUGGGAGCCACUGAGUGUGUCAAUCCUUUAGAUUACAAGAAGCCCAUCAAUGAAGUACUGUUCAAUUUGACAGAUGGUGAAGGUGUAGACUAUUCCUUUGAAGUGAUUGGACGCAUGGAUACCAUGGCUGCUGCCUUGGCUUCCUGCCAUGAGAACUAUGGAACCAGUGUAAUUGUGGGUGUAGCUCCUUCAGGAUCUGAGAUCUGCUUUAACCCAAUGCUUCUUUUCACUGGCCGUACUUGGAAAGGAUCUGUGUUUGGAGGCUGGAAGAGCAAAGAUGCUAUUCCUAAAUUGGUUUCUGACUUCAUCGGGAAGAAAUUCAUUUUGGAUCCAUUAAUUACUCACACUUAUCCUUUUGAGAAAAUCAAUGAAGGGUUUGAACUGCUCCGGUCCGGAAAGAGCAUCCGUACUGUCUUGACGUUUUAAGAAGUUGAAGAUCAGAAUGACAACUUAUGAUGCUUCUUCUCCACAGCUCAUCACCUGAACCAUAUAUACUGUGCUGUUGGUUUUUUCUGUUCUAGCAUUGAUAUUUGCUUUGUGAGUUAAAUGGAUACUGAAUACCAAGGUGAAAUUGCAGGAUUUCAUCAGGAAGUUUUAAUGAAGAUAAAGCUUUUUUCUAAUGUAAGCAUGUAUUAAAUUAGGUUAGCAAAGCUAGAGUACUAUGGCUACAACACAUUAAGUAUAUAACACUUACUUCUGAGUAGACCUGCUCCCUAUGUUAUCAACUCUUAUUGCUAU